GUGGAGUUCAGAAGUGUCACAGCCUCGGGGAAGAAGCUUUCUUGAUCCUACUAGUGUGAGAGUGUAGGCUCCUGUAACGCCUGCCGGAUGGAAGGAGGGUGAAAAGACCAUGGUUAGGGUGAGGGGCAUCCUUAAUGACGUUUCUUGCCCUGCCCAGACAGCGCUUGUGAUAAAUGUUCUCAAUGAUAGUUAACUGAGUGCCUGUGAUCUGUUGAGCAAAUUUCAAGACCCGCUGGAGUGCUUUGUGGUCCGAUACGGAAUAAUUGCUGUACCAUACUUAGAUGCAGUUUGUGAGUAUGCUCUCAAUGGUACAGCGGUAGAAUUCCACAAGGAUCCUGGGAUUCAGGUGAACUUUCUUAAGGCCCCGUAAGAAGUAAAGGUGCUGCUGUGCCUUUUUGACUAGGGUGGAGGUGUAAAGGGACCAGGUGAGGUCAUCUGAGAUCUGGAUGCCAAGGAACUUGAAACUCUGUUGAUGUAGAUGGGUGUGUGCGCAUGACUCCUAGUCCACCUGAAUUCCACAAUGAUCUCCUUAGUCUUCUGGGUGUUUAGUUCCAGAUUGUUGGUGGCACACCACACAGCCAGGUGCUGCACCUCAUCCCUGUAGACUCACUCAUCAUCAUCCUUGAUCAGACCUUCCACCAUGGCGUCAUCUGCAAAUUUGAUUAUGGUGUUGGAGCCAUAUACAGGAACGCAAUCAUGGGUAAAGCGGGAGUACGGGAGAGGGCUCAGCACGCAGCCCUGUGGCACGCCGGUGUUCAGGGUGAUGAUGGAAGAGGAGAGGUUAUCUAACUUAACAGACUGAGAUCUGUUAGUCAGAAAAUCUAGAAUCCAGUUGCAGAUGGGUGUGCUGAUUCCAAGCUGGCUGAGCUGGCCGUUGAGAUGGCUUCCUCUGUUGACCUAUUGCGGGGAUAGGCAAAUUGGAAUGGGUACAAUAGCGAUCGGCACAUGACAAGGGUAUCAUGUAAAGAUCCUGGAAUGGCAAUCUACACAUCUAUAGCUGCAUCAAAGUCACUCUGCAGUAAAACUGAAGGAAUUCAGUUCAGCUUAUGUGUUUGCCACUUAAGAAUGACAUCUUACUAAUUUCAGGAAAACACAACAAUACAAUACAAAUAAAUACAAUAUGAAGAGAUAACAAUUCUUUAUUAAUGAUAUUAAUAUUUAGAAACAACAAAAAUAUUUUUUUUAAUAAUAAUUUAGAAAUAAAUGUGAAAUGCUUUUUUGAAUACAUACUAUAUAACACAAACAGACAAACAUACAACCUACAACUGUCCAUCAUUAUCUCUAACCUGUGUGUGUCUCUCUCUCUCAAUUUCAAUUUCAAUGUAGGUGUGCUUUAUUGGCAUAACAAAAACCGUACAUUUGUUUUGCCAAAGCAGUUGCAGCUGGGCCGCUUACAAAUAGUGUACAUAUGUAUUAACAGAAAGAAAAAAGAAUAAUAGCAAAAUAAAAAUAUAUUAAAAGGAUUAAACAUUUAGUGCAAAAUGAGUUGUAAGUUAAAAAUAACAGAAAUACUAAUUAGAAAUAAUAAGAAAGUAUUAGAUUUACAGAGGCAAAUAUAUAUAUAUAGAGAGAGAGAGAGACCUGCCCUGAUCUGAUUUAUCCAGCACAUGUAGAUUAUGUUAUGCCAUAUUAUAUAUAUAGACAUGUGCAUUUUUUUAUUUGAGACAUUAACGCGUCACCGGGACUUUUAUUUUCGUCUGUCGUUUUGACGUCAUAAGCAUGCGCCGCGCUGCUCUGCAUCUGUUGUGAUUCGGCUGAGGAAAGGUUUGCGUUUUUACAUUUAAAAGUGUUCAAAGUGUGCAACCCGCUUGCCGUUAAGGUAAUUUAACUUCUUUCUUCUAUUCUUUAUUAUUAUUAUUAUUAUUUUUUUUUUUACAAGCGAUGUUAAAUGGCUUAAUUAUCACUGAAUGCAACAUUGUAAUACUUUGUCUAACAUUAAUAAACGUUGUUUUAUGGGUAAAGCGCAUCCACACGUGAAUAACAGAAAAGGAGAAACUCCUGGUGAAUCAACUGAGAUCCACGUGACACACAGUUUAAAGAUGACUUUUAUUAAAGAGGAGAGUGAAGACCUGAAGAUUGAAGAAGCGUUCAGAAUCAAACAAGAUGAACAAACAGACCAGAUGGUGCUGAAAGUGGAGAGCCGAGAACUGAAUGAGACGGAGGAGAAAGAUCAGUAUGAGAAACACCAUCAUUUCAUGACUGGAGAGAAUUCCACUCAGAAUGAAAAGAUUUCCGUUCAGAAAACCACGUCGAAUAGUUCUUUUACUUGCCAUCAAUGUGGUAAGAGUUUCACUCAAAAACAAAGCCUUAAAAUCCACAUGAGAAUUCAUACCGGAGAAAAGCCUUUCACCUGUCAACAGUGUGGACUGAGUUUUACACAUAAAGAAAACCUUAAUACCCACAUAAGAGUUCACACUGGAGAAAAGCCUUACAAAUGCCAACACUGUGGACAGAGUUUUGCACAUAAAGGAAACUGUAAUGCCCACAUGAGAAUUCACACUGGUGAGAAACCUUUUACCUGCACACUUUGUCGGAAGAGCUACUCACGAAAAGAAUGUCUCAAGACUCAUAUGCGAGUUCACAUUGGAGAGAAGCCAUUUGUAUGUGGUCAGUGUGGAAAGAGUUUCAGAUGUAAAGAAAACCUCAAUCAGCACAUGAAGAUUCACACAAGAGAGAACUGUUUUAAAUGUAAUGAGUGUAGGAGAAGUUUCACAGAUGGGAAUGACCUGAUGAUUCACUUAAAAACUCACACCAGGGAGAAGCCUUUCAUGUGCCAUCACUGUGGAAAGGCUUGGACAAGCAAAUCAAUCCUUGAGAUUCACAUUAGAACUCACACUGGAGAAAGGCCUUUCACAUGUCCACAUUGUGAAAAAGGUUUCACACACAAAGGAAACCUUAACAUGCACAUGAGAAUUCACACUGGAGAGAAGGCUUACACUUGUCUAAAGUGUGAAAAGAGUUUCACAUAUCCAAGAGAUCUAAAAUGUCAUUUGCAAACUCAUUCUGGAAAGCAACUGUAGUAUUAAUCAGUGUGGCAGGAGAUUGACAAAAUACAGCAGUUUCAGAAAUCACUUGCACUUUGGAGGAAGACCAUUUACAUUUAAUCAUGGUAAUAAAAAACUAUCACGCAUUAUCACUUUUAGAUACACCUGAACUCAUACUCAUACAGUGAGACCCCUGAUUUUAGUACAUUUAUGACACCGUUCGAAUACUGAAAGCGAAGUGACGUGAUGUGGGCAAAAUUGGUGACCCAUAUUUAAAAUUUGUGCUCUGCAUUUAACCGAUCCAAGUGCACAAACACAGUAGUGAACACACACCCAGAGAAAUGGGCAGCAAUAUUGCUGUGGCACCUGGGGAGCAGUUGAGGGAUUUGGUGCAUUGCUCAGUGGUCUCACCUCAGUCAUGGUAUUGAGGGUGUAAGAAAGUGCUGGUCAUUUACUCCCCACACUGACAAUUCCAGCCGGACCCGAGACUCAAACCAGUAACAAGUGGAAGGAAAAAGCACAAGUCAAUAAGCUUUCGGACAUUAUCUUACCUUUUUUUUUUUUUUUUUACCUUACUUUUGAUCAUAAGGUUCCUAAAUUAUGGUUAGGUUCACAUGAAGACAGGCUGUGUUUGUCUUCUCCACUUUAGUUCUGUUCUCUGGGCUGAUGGAGAAAAACACCUUGGGAAAGAAUAAAACAGGCUUUGGUUGGCCUACUAGAGGAAAAGUCUUGGGUUCCUGAGAAAAGAAUUGCAUCUUCAAGUGUGUAAGAGAUGUUUCUUGUUUGUGCUCUAUAAAAUUGUUUCUUUUGUUCUUUAAUAAAUACAAGUCUGAGUCACAUUGCGCUUGUCUACAGUCUCGUAAUUUGUGUGCAACGUGUCCUCUGCAUAAAGCCAGGCUCACACUU